AUGGCUGAUUCGGAUUGGUGCGAACGGAUCAAAUUUUAUCUCGGAGUUUUAGAUCUUGAUGUUAUACUUUACACUGAGAAGCCAAUUGCUAUUACUGAAACCAGCAAUACUGAAGAAAGGUCCUAUUAUAAGCACUGGGGUCGAUCUAACAUAUUAGGCAUAAUGUUUAUGCGAAUGAAUAUUGCGGGUAACAUUAAGACUACUCUUCCCAAAACUAAAAAUGCAAAAGAUUUUCUGAAACUUGUGGAAGAAUCCUCUCAAACUGCUGAUAAGUCUCUUACUGGGACACUAAUGGGUAUUUUGACCACCAUGAAGUUUGAUGGUUCACGUACCAUGCAUGAGUAUGUCAUUGAAAUGACAAACGUAGCAGCAAGACUUAAGUCUUUGGAAAUGGAAGUGGAAUAA